CAGAGAGAUAAAAAUAAACAUGUUUAAUCUUUAUUUAAGGGUAAUAUUCAUUUAAACACCUAAAUACCGAGGAGAUACGAUCAUACAUUUAAACCGAAAAUAUCUUAUUUAUUCCUCUCUCAUAUAUCUAAUCAUUCGAUAUAUUUUUUUUUUAACUCUUCGUAAUCAGUAUUUAGUGAAACACAAUUACAUUGUAUACACAAAACUGAUAUCAAAUAUGCAAAUCAUCUUCAUAUUUAUAUUAAUUUUUGUACUCUUUCAUAUACCCAAAUAUGUGAUAUUUUACACCCAACAUUAGCUGUAACGGAAGAUUUUAGGAUAUUUAUAGCAUAUACAAAACAUGACCUGGUUAAUAAUGAUACCAUAAACUAUUUUUAUUUUCCGAAAACAAAACACUGAGAUCAAUCGUGUGUCUGGUUUAAAAUCCCCGUCCAUUUCUUGAACCGUUAUGACUAAGGUGGUCUUUGCUUUGCGGUAUCCAAGGUAUAAAAACCUACUUGGACUCCUCAUUUAGGCAUAACAAUCGUUAAACGCAGAUUAACUCAGUGAAUUUUGUUUGAAAUUUCGAAAUAAAGUAACUGAUAUUAGGAAAAUAUUUUACAAUGGAUGCAAAAUAUGAACAGUCUGAGAUGGAACCACUUGGUAAAAACGAUUUGAAUGUGAUGGAGUUGCAGAGGAAUCCACAUUACACUAAAGAUUGCUCUUGUGAAAGUAAAAAUACAUCGAAAUGGUGGUUUUUGAAGCCGUGCCUAAAAUGUAUCAUUUUGGUCGUGGUUGUUUUUACUGUUCUUCUUCUGGCACAAAGUAUUAACAAACUAGGAAACAAAUUAGAAGGGAAGAAGGAGCAGACAGAAAUCAAACAACAUUCCAGUCUCCCACAAGCACUAAAAGGUUCCAGACUUGGUUUGUCUUUAUUAGACAGAAAGUUACCAAUAAACCGUAAUUUGUUUGACGAUGAUGAAGCUGAUAGUCCGCAUAACAGGGAUGGCAAGCAAGGUCAAGGUGAAACUGAAAAGGAAGCCUACCGGAAACACUACUUCGAUAUAGGCAUGAGAGAGGACAGUAUGAUGCAAGACUGUCAGAAUCCUCACAUGAAGCACUCCUUUCCAGAUAUAGACUAUGCUUUAUUGGGCUACGAUAUAUUUAAAGGAUUUCCGUUAGCAGAUGGACAUGACCCCGGCUUUACCUACCCAAUAUUUGCACCCGAUUAUUCCCACGGACAUAUGACCGCUGAUUGCCGUUAUAGCGUUCCAAAAGGAUAUCUUGUCAUUCCAGAUGUGUCUUGUGUAACGUCAUUUACUUCCGAUGUAAUACAGGAUUCUGAAGAGCUUUUUCGUAGUCUUUCUGCCAAUGCAGGAGUCACUGGUGGUGGAUUUGGUGUGGCGUUUUCAGCCAGUGCCGGCUACAAACAAGUGUCUGCUGAUCUGGCUUCUAGCGAAUCUUUGUAUAUAAUAUCUACAGCACAUUGUAAUUACUACAUCAGUAAAUUUAAAAAGGAAAACCCGCCGCCAUUCUCACAAAUGUUCUACGAUUGGAUAUAUAAACUGAACAGCUCAACGGAUAAUGAUGUUGUUUUUGACUUCUUUGAUACAUUUGGAACCCAUUUUGCAAAAGAGGUUUCAUUCGGUGCUAGAUAUUCAUAUCAGCAUAAAAUGAAAAGUUCGAUGUUUAAAUCGAAAAGUGAAAAUGGAAUUAAUGUUGCUGCCCAAGCAAGCUACAGCGGCCUUUUCAGCGUGAGUGGUGGAUUUAGUUUGACAUCCGAGCAACGCCGGGAAGCCUCAGACUUUUCAAAGUCAGUGGAAACGAAGACAAUUACUGUUGGAGCAGCACCACCGGCUAACGGCGACGCAAUGACAUGGGCCUCUACCGUGCAAAAUAACCCAGUACCAUCGCAAUAUAAACUGGAACCAAUUGAGAAUUUGUUUCAUGAAAGAUAUAUGGGAAACCUUGUAAUAAAUUACCAAACAAUAGCAUCCAAAUUAGAAAGUCUAAAGAUGAAGUAUUACAAUACUUUGAUAGCUAAAAGAUACCAAACAGAGGUCGAAAAUCAAUCAAAUCGCUGGAUAACGAAAACUUUAAUGUUGGACAGUGUUAGAAGAUAUGGCACCUGGCAACCGCCACAAUUUUGUCCAGCAGGAACCUUUGCAAAAGGCUAUUCUUUAAAGAUUAAACAAUUACAGACCUCAAAGUUAUCUACCAUAACCGUUGAGGGUAUCAGGUUAUUAUGUGUAGACAAACUAGGAAAACAAUCCGAGAAUCAAACUCCACACCACAUUCCACACGUGCAGUCAGGAGAAGGAGGUUCCGGGCAAUGGACAGGGCAAAAGUUUUGUCCACAAGGAGGUGGAGAGACCACGGUCUUUCUGAACAAAUUCGCUUUGAAAAUUCAGGAGAGUGAAAACAUGAAGAAUAGAUCUGUCAACGGAAUACAUUUUUCCUGUCGUGACUUGCAAUGGACGAAACAUUCUUUCACGGACAGUCCAUUUGACAAAGAUAUAACAUCAUCAUGGAGUGAGGAGUGCCCAUUAGAGUCGGUCAUCUGUGGGAUUCAAACCCAUAUCGAGAAAGACAUGCUAAAUAUCGGUGCUAGUAACCUUAAUGAUAUAAGAUUUUACUGUUGUGGAGACGACUCGGCAUAUUUAAAUGGCGAUGUAACAUUUUAGCACUUGAUGGUUUUGAUUGACAUGACGAAAGAUCUUUCCACAAGUAAAGUCUUAUAUCCAUGGCAACACGCAUGAUUAAGUAGACAAUAACU